UGACUUUAGAGUGUUGUUUUUAAUAUAUAUAAAAUGACAAUAGUGAUAGACGGCUGCUCUGUUCCACAUUCCAAGUCCACGGUAAGGCUGGGGAAUGGCACCUUAUCUGUGGGAUAGGAUUUUAGAAUGGGGGAAGGGAAUGGGAGCACUGCACCUGAGGUGAAUUUGACUCUCACACGGGACGAAGCUAAUGCACAUUCCUCGGCACCCCGAACGGGGUUCACUUGGCCAAGGACACAGAAGCUCCAUAGAAGCAAGACGCUUGGUGUCAGCCUCAGGUCAGGAGGACAAAGAUGCUAAACCUCUCCCUCGCAUUAACAGACACUCCAUUUUCUGGAUCGUGGCAUCUGUAGGUGUGACCUACUACGUGGAUUUCCCUCGCAACAUCAUGGAGAACAAUGAUAUUAAAAGUUGGUGGUUCAAUGUGGGUCUGGUACUCCUUGGAAUCUGCCUGUCUCUAGCCAUGUUUUGCAUUGUGUACCUGGAGUGGUUCAAAGGCAUCCAGCACUACGACCAAGAGUACCCUGCCAUUCCUCCCAUCACCACUGCAGCUUUUAUUGCUGCAUCUUGCAGCUUUAACAUGGCACUGUGGCCAGUGUGGUCCUUCUUCACUCCACUCAUCCUCUUCACACAGUUCAUGGGUGUGGUCAUGUUUAUCUCUUUGCUUGGAUGAAUGUGACAGUAAGCCGUGACAGUGAGCAGCAUGAACAACGCCAGGACCCUGAAACUGAAGCAGCUAAAUGGAAUUCAGCCAUCGUUCAUUUUUAACAUCUGUGCUUUUACUACUGUGACAUGUUAAAAAGUUCUCUGUGUGUAAAUGGCGUAGAUAAAUGUGUGCACGAAAACUGGUUAAUGAAACCAACAAAGUUUUAAAAUGUUAUAAUUAUUUGUACUUUUCUUAAGCAGUUUGUGGGGAAGAAUGUAAAGACUUCUGCUCAUAACCUGUAAAGUGUUUUUCUUUAAUAAACUUUUAUAACUAA